GCGGCGCCAAUCCGGGGGCUCGGAGCGGGCGGCGCGGCGUUCAAACGCGGUGGCGGCGCACAAAGGGGCUGCUGCAGGGAGGUGGCAGCUCGGUCUGGAUUCAGGUCCCGGUUCUGUCCGGCGCGCUGAAAAUAAAGUUCACCAAGAACUGGAACAAGAUGGCAUCUGUGCUCCAAAAUGUCAAAGCAACAGUGGCGUGGCGGAAACACCGGCUCCUAGCUGACCUCAAUGAGAAUGAGAGCCCUGUGCCUGACAAAUUCAAGAGAAGGGCCUCUCUGAGUUCUCUCAAUACCAUUCGCAUGUCUUUAAGGAAACGGGUACCAUUAAAGCAAGUCGAGCUGAAUUUUCAUAAAACCCCAACUAGGGAAAGUCUGGAACCAAGGCAGAGGUGCCAAACUCUUCAGACUAUUAAAAGAACAGCAAAAUAUGCUUUUGGAACCGUGUCCCAGAAAAUACAGAAGUCUUGCCAAAGCCCAGUAUGCUCAAUGGUGACCUUUCCAGCUGAAUCAAUCAGCAGAAGCUGUGUGACCAGUUCUACCAAAAAAAGAACUGCUACACCUCGAACACCUUGCUAUAAGAGUGUUACUCCAGCAGCCAGUUCCAAAGGCACUCCAAGGUCCAGCAAAAGGGCCUUGCUUGGGCCAACAAGGGUGUCAGAACAUAGAGAAUGGAGGGAUUUCUCAUCCUGGCUUGAUAAAAAUGGUGUCACUCUCCGGAGAUCCAGAAGAGCAGCAGCACUGAAGAGCCCUUAUUCAUCUCCUGCUCCUUCCAGCAGAAAGAUAGAGUUUGACUGCAAGUUGGAACUGGUCUCCUCAGGGAUUUGCCAAUUGAAGCAUAUCUCCCAAGCAUUUGAUGAUGCCAUUGUGAAAGAGGAGAGGCAACAAGCAAUAUCAAACUACUACUAUCUAAUGGCACAAAACUCACAGUCUGUACAUCGACCCCUGAAACCGUCUCAAGCUAUCAGAAGACAAGCAAAGAAACUCCAUCAAGCACUUGGUACCUAGACAGAGAUGGUUGUAACUAUUUUUUCAUGUUUCCAAGUUUAUGAGCACAUAUAAGGGAAAGGUCUGAAUAGCGCCUGAAAGGCUGCACUCUGUACAUUUAAAUGAGCUGUUACACUUUUUUUUUUUUUUUUAAUGAAACAGCUCAGGACUUCCCUUGCUUUCUCUUUUCAAGUAAAAAGAGAAUCAAAAUAGUACCAACCAGAGUGUAUUAUCCCUGCUGAGUUGAGGGAUCCAUCUUGAAAGUGACUCUCAUGAGGCAGUAAGUACUUAGAAACUGAUGCUGAACUGGCCAGUAAGAAUGGCCAAAGCAAGGGCUAAUGACAGGCUUAUGAAGGGCAAUCCUAGGUAAGAGUAGUGCUUAAAUUGGUAUCCAGCAGCCACAAGAUUUAGCACAAAUACUUUCCACAUGAAAAAGAUUGGUCUAUUAUUUUGAAAGCCUAACUCGUUUCUUUUUUUCGGUACUAGCAAACUAAAGUUAUUCAUCAUUUAGCUCAAAGUUACUAAAACAGUUACUUCUUUGAGUUCUAAGCAAAACUGCCAUUCCAAAGCAACAGGAUUCUGUCCAGUCACUCAUGCCACAAGAACAGAGCCAUUUUAGGACUCUUACUUCAUGGCCUUAAGGGUUAGCCUAACUAAUCCUAUUUUAGGUAGUUUGGCUCCAGACAAAUCAGAGCAAAUUUUGUCAUUUCUUACUGAUGCUUUAGAUAGCAUCUUGGCAGUUGAGUUAAACAUUGCUUUUGUGCUGCAUCUGUCUUUCAGUUAUACAUGGAAAUUUGUUACUACAAUUAAUGUAACCUCUUGCAACUACUGUUAUUAGCUAAUAUCACAAUGGAAGUAUUUUGAUUAUGUAUACUUAGCAUUUGAUACCUGUAUUUUGCUUCUAAUUACUUUUAAAAAAUUAACGUUAAUUUGACAAGCCUUUUUGGUAGGUCAUUCAGUAUAACAAAUUUUAGUCUUUUACAUGAAAGCAAAGAUUUGUCAAGUUUUUAAGAGUUCAACAGCAGGAUUGUUUUCCAUGGUAAGCUUUUUGCAGGCUUCUCCAUUUAUGUUCACUCUAAAAUGAACUUUCAGACAAAAGACUGAUUUGGGAAACUUUGCUCUACUUGAUAAGUUUUAAAAUGUACAUGUGACCUAGUAGUUCCAGUGUUACUAAAAUUUUAAUGGUAUCAGGUGUAAAUAUGAAAAGCAUUCAAUUAUGAUUUAUAUAUAAGUAUUGAUUUUUAAACUUGCUCACAUUUUUUCUUCUUUUUCUUGUCAAAUGAACCCAUUUUAAAACAUUGAAACAGUUAAUGAGACCUGGAAAUAUGAAAGCAACCCUCCCAGCCUAAAGACUUCUAGACUUUCAGAUGACUGAGAAUUUUAGCUUGUGUUAUUUCUUGAUGUAGUGUUUGUGUGUGUUUUGUGGGUUUUUAAACAACUUUUCUAUAUGGAAGUAUAGAAAAGUACAGUAUCUCCAAGUUGUUCCUUGUAUGUCAUGAAACUACUUCUAUAAAGCUUUCACAAAGAUGUUA